UGUUUUUGUUGCAAAGCGACCAAACUUUAGUUUUUUAGUUGUUAUUUCCUGCAUUUACUAUUCUAAGUUAUUCAACAAGUGACGUCACUUGCAAGGCUUCAGGAUGAAUUAUGGACGGAAAACGCCUUCGACAUAUCGCUCGAAUCCAUCGAUGUAUUCUCAUGCCACGGGCAGGUCCUCGACGAAUCUGCAUUCCAUAAAAUCGCGCUCCACGCGCUCCGUGCGUAUUCCAUGGUACCAACGUCCGUUGCUAAAGAACAACCAGUACAUAGAUAUACAAAAAAGUGCCAUGCUGAUCGGCCUAUUUGCCAUUUUCCUCUCACUUUUCACCAUUGGUACUUCGAUCUUCGACAUGUACUGCUACGCCAUGGCCGCGCCAGGCUCCACUCAUUAUGGUUACUACAUAAUAUCAUAUGAAUUUGUUUAUGUCGGCAACAAGCACGUUCGAAAUAUGCUGAUUGUAUUCGCUCUGUUCUCCCUUAUUAUGGCGCUAAUAAACUUUGUGACCAGCGUUUUGCUGGUCGUGGCUUUGCGCAAGGAAUACGAACGUAAGGUGAUGCCCUGGCUGUGGACCUUUGCCGUCUUCACAAUUUGGCGCGCCUUGGCGCUGAUCUUCUUCGCCAUUGUCAACGAUCUAUACUUUGCCUACAAUGUCCUUAUGGUGCUGCUCUGGACAGUCUUUUGCCUCGUCUGCAUCUAUGGCUGGGCCGUGAUCUAUUCGCUUUACCUGGAGCUAGUGGAUCUGACUAAGCUGGAGGAUUUGGCACACCUACGCAUGGGCACAAUGGCUUCGUUGCAUGCGUCCACGGCGAACUCUUUGGCAGGUUCGCGUCCCACGACGCCGCACAGCACGGUCUCCACUAUGCCCGUGGGCUAGUCGAGCACGCCCUUGUGUUCAGAAACUUCACAACGAAAUUCUGCACAACCAACUCCGUCCAAACGUUGCAAAAGCAUCGCGCUUUAUAUUAUAUUUUGUUUAUACAUUCCAUUUUUGUAAACACAAUCCACCAGUUAGUGCCUUAGGAGUUUUAAAGAUAACUACUUCAUGUAUAAGUACACACACACAUCCACGCAUUUCUCGAAAUAUGCUCCAAACGCAAAUUUGUACACGAAUCUGCUUAGUUUUUAAGACAUCUCCGUACCCUUUGCCGUCCACUCUACAUUUUUUUAUUGAUUGCACUGCGAACUGUUUGUAGUGAAUUGAAAAGAAUCUCUACCUUUUCGACAUAUCGUUAAACUAUGACACGUUUUUAUACAAAAAUGAAGCUAUUUAAUAAAAAAUAUAACGCAAUAAGAAAACCCAUAAAAUUA